GCUGUUGUUUGUUUUGAAAUUUUGGUUGUUAUUGUAUAUUUUUUAAAGAGGUGUUACGUUUUUCUGUGCAGUCUGAGUUUUGAUUUCUGAGAAUUUCGGCUGCAGUUGACAGUCAACUAGAAGCUUUCUUAGAAGUCGCAGCAAUCCGGAAAAAAAUGGGGACCCGUAAAAAAGGAGCGGAAUUCGUAAAGCAUAUCACCGAAAUCAUCACCAAAUCGACGGGCUUCGAAAGACACCUAGAAAAGGUCAAGAUUUUGGAUGGCGGCGAUGGAGCCUGUACUGCUGAGCUGAAAGUGGACAUGGACCAUGUUAAUCUCUACAAAUUCCUGCACGGCGGCUACAUUGUGACCCUGGUGGACAUGAUAACCACAUACGCCCUGAUGUCCAAGCCCUGCCAUCCCGGCGUUUCAGUGGACCUCAGUGUGAACUUUCUAAACGGUUGCAAAAUGGGUGACGAGGUGGUGAUUGAGGCCAAUCUUUCCAAGGUGGGCAAGUAUCUGGCCUUCAUCGAUUGCACCCUGAAGCACAAGAAGGACGACACGGUGAUAGCCAAGGGAACCCAUCUGAAGUACAUUAAAUUCGACUAGACUGGUGAUCCAAUUGAAUUUGACCAAAUUUAUGAGGUUUCCUCAAUAAAGUAUAUUUUUGUUUUGUUUUAAAAUUCCAUUUUAUAGAAUGAUAGCAGAAGAAGUGAUGUUUUAUGGGUUAUUAAUGUGCUUUAUUUUAUUACAUGUGUAGCAGUACAUUGUUAGUUAAUUGUCAAUUAAACAUGCUCAUUGCGCAA